GACCAGCGCGCUGCUGGCUCGCUGCUUUUACAUGGCGAUGCAAUGACGACCAAUCUACCCCGAAGAGGCCUGUCUCCGUCCAAGUCUGGCACUGCGGCGGCGGCUUCACGAACGUCGAGCUCCUUCCAGAGCCACCACCACCACCACCAACAACAACAACAACAACAACAACAACAACAACAGCCAGUGCGAGCGGCGUCACGGGCAGCCCCUCGAAAAAGCGUGCCGGACGCCGAAUCAACAACCGAUGCAUACAACGAUAGGAAUACUGUUGCGCUGAUCCGCCGAGUGCUCUUGCCAGAGACUUCUUCCUCGUACGGGUCGAACACGCCGCGGCCUCUGCAGGAGCUGUUACCGCCGUUGACCAGUUCCAACGAGGUUGAUUUGCAGCUCUAUGCCCUGCUUGCUAUCAUAAUCAAGGAGUUUGUUUACUCAUGGUACGCAAAGAUUACGACGGAUCACGUAUUCAUAGACGAGGUCCUUCAACUCAUCGCGCAUUGCACUCGCGCCCUGGAACAGAGACUCCGCCAGGUCGACGUGAACCAGCUCGCUUUGGACGACAUUCCUAGCCUGUUGGAAGCACACAUCGUCGCAUAUAGGACUGCCAAACAAGGAUCCAACUUGGUCUGCAUCCCGUCACCGACCCGAGUCAUAUACCACCAACUUAAUCCACAUCCAAGUCUGUCACCGUCGUCAGAUGAAUUGGAUUCUUCGUCAAGUUCAGAACAACAAGCAGAGCAGCAAGAAAACGAGGGUUUAUACCGCCAUCUUCUCGCGCAAGGCGUACUAGCUGUGCUUCUUCCCACUGAAGAUCUCGAAAACGUCUGUUUGCGGACACUGGUCGAGGAUAUAGUGGCGGAUCUAGUGCUGGGGAACGAAAUCAGCGGGAAAAUAUGCGAAGGCUGGUUUAUCUGGACCACGGCCAGCAAGGUAAUCCAUCUGGCAAGGCGAAAAGCCAUAGACACAACCAAGGAUGCUGUGGAUUUGGACGAUGGCGACGGGUUGGGUCGGUUGGAAAGAUUUGGACUACUCUCAGAUGACCGACUAGAGGACAGCUUGCCGAAAAACAACCAAUCACGCGUAUCUGUUUGGAUAUGGAAAACGCUAUAUACAGCCUACCUAUCCUAUAUUACGCUUCGCUUUGUGAUAGGGGGUCUAUUUCGGGUGGGAUUGUCAUCAUCAGAAAUCUCCACGCAGGAGUCAGCUUCACCAAACCAGCCUAUUCCAGUCAAGUCGCCAACGCAAGAGACCUCAUGCCGCCCAGUUCUUGACUACAGAACCUUUUCCCUUGUGUCGCAGUGGACUCGCCUCUCUCAGCGAAUGCCAUGGGUGACCGGCUCGCUUGCAUUGAUGCAGAACUUGGUUUUAAAGGGGCCUGGGAAAGUGGGCGCGACAAAUAGUGUUAUCGACCGGUUUCUUCGCGAGAUGAUCGACAAAUACGUCCUGACCCCUGAGCUUGUCCCAACAGUGCUGCUUGCCGCCAGGACGACUCUGUUUCCGUCUAAUUCGCGCCCGAAUGCAGCACCUAACGAAAAACCUGCUGCGCAGCAGCAGCAACAGUCUGGAAUUGGCAACGUAGAUAGUACUCCCCAGGAAACACAGUCCAAGGCGGGCACAGCUCCAUCGGCGCCUGAAAUCGCCGCUAUCAAACGCCAGUGUGCAACUGACAUUUUAUCCCUAUUCCCGCGCUCCAUUGCACAUGCCUUUUUCCGUGGCACUGUAGGUGGCGGUGACACUGCCGAGUUGAUGAUUAAUCACGACGAUGUCGAUGCUACCACCGUCACUUCGUCAGUGGUUGAUGACGACGAUGAGACGACGGAGCUUCUCCUGGAAGCCAUAGAGACGGAUCUUCUCGAUCCGUUUUCGGACGCGUAUUGUAACAAACACCUCAUCUUUGCUAUUAUUGAAAGUGUGCUUGUGAAACUGCUGCCCGAACUUUCUGAGCGUGGUAUCACAGAGUUGAUGGAGGAGCGGGGUGUGAGUUUGUGA